AACCGGACCCUGGGGAGGGGAGGGAGGACGUUGCCUGUGCAAUCCAGGAAGGGAGGGACCCAGAAGCCCUGAGCUUACCCCCAUGGAGCCCCGCCGGUCCCUGGCCCUGCUGGUGGGCUCCCUGGGCCUGACGUUCUGCCUGAUUGCUUUGAGCACCGAUUUCUGGUUUGAGGCUGUGGGUCCCACCCACUCAGCUCACUCGGGCCUCUGGCCAACAGGGCAUGGGGACAUCAUAGCAGGCUACAUCCACGUGACGCAGAGCUUCAGCAUUGUGGCUGUCCUGUGGGGCCUGGUGUCUGUAAGCUUCCUGGUCCUGUCCUGCAUCCCCUUACUGUCCACCCCAGGCCACGGCCCCCUUGUCUCAACCACCACAGCCUUUGCUGCAGCCCUCUCCAUGGCGGUGGCCAUGGCCGUGUAUACCAGCGAGCGGUGGGACCAGCCUCCACACCCCCAGAUCCAGACCUUCUUCUCCUGGUCCUUCUACCUGGGCUGGGUCUCAGCUAUCCUCUUUCUCUGUACAGGUGCCCUGAGCCUGGGUGCUUACUGUGGCGGUCCCCGUCCUGGCUAUGAAACCUUGUGAGCAGAAGGCAAGAGCGGCAAGAUGAGUUUUGAGCGUUGUAUUCCAAAGGCCUCAUCUGGAGCCUUGGGGAAGUCUGGUCCUACAUCUACCCUGCCCUUCCAGCCCUUCCCCACCCCCUCCUCUUGUUUCUUCAUUCAUUCAACAAAAUUUGGCUGGAAUCUGGUUAUUCUGAGAUUAAUUCUGCCAAGACAUAAGCCAACUGUCUGCCAGCUCCAUGGUAGGAGCUGGGCACC